AUGCACCAGCUCGUCUUCUUGCUCCUCUCCCUCUUCCUCCCCGAUGCAACCUUCUCCGCACCCGCCGGGUUGUGCAACCGGCAGUGCAGCAGCACCACGGUGCCGUACCCUUUCGGCUUCUCCGGCGGCGGUGGCGGCAGCGACUGCCCGAUCCUCCUGUCCUGCAACGCCACCACGUCAACGGCGCUGCUCCCGCGCAGCACCGCGGCGGCGCCGUACCCGGUGCUCUCGUUCAACGCCACGGCCUCCACCUUCCUGGUCUCCCUCGCGCCGUCGUGCGGCCGCGGCGUCGCCGAGGCCAGGGCGGCGCUCGACGGCGCCGGGUACGGCGUCUCCUCGCGCACGGGGCUCUUCCUCCACGGCGGCUGCGGUUCGAGUUCGAAUUCGAACGCGAGCAGCUGCAACGUGCCGUCGGGCGUCAUGUCGGCCAUCCUGCGCACGCCGCAGUGCGGCGGCGGCGGCAACGACACGUCCUGGAUGUGCGUGCUCUCCGCGCCGCCGGCCCCCGGCAGCCCCGCCGCGACGACGGGCGAGGGCCAGUUCUUGCGCUGGGACACGGUGGACGCCGCCAGGUGCCAGGACGCGCUCACCUCGGCCGUGUACGCGUACACGGCGCAGGGCGUGCCGUCGAUCGAGUUCGGCAUCGCGGAGAUGGGCUGGUGGCUCAACGGGAGUUGCAACAGCGGCGGCGGCACCGGCACCGGCGGGCAGUGCGCGAUGAACGCGACGUGCCAGGACGUGCAGACGCCGAGCGGGGCGUGGGGGCACCGGUGCGCGUGCGCGGACGGGAUGUCCGGCGACGGGUUCGCCGCCGGCGAUGGGUGCCACUACGACGGCGCUACGAGCGAGAAGACGUGGCCAUUGGGCCUUGAAAAUGCGUAUGUCCACGUCACCACUCACCACGUGCAUGCUUCAAACAGGCUACAAGAACAGCUCGGAACAAGGAGUUAUUAG